GUGAAUAAAAGUUUAUCUGAUGAUUCCUUGAGAAAAUUGAGCCCUAAUGCUCUAAGCCAGAGGUUCUUUAACAAUUUAGCGUGUAUCAAAAUCAUCUCAAGGGGUUAUUCAUCCUCAUGUGGCUGGACCUCACCUCUAGAGUUUUCCAUUCAGUAUGUCUGGGUGGAGCUUAAGAGUUUCAUUCCUAAGAAGUUCUUGGGAACUUGGUAUUGCUGUCAACUACCGUAUGAAAUUAAUUUCUUUCUCUCCCAUACCUCUAGAAUGAUUAAUUGUAUACAACCACUAGAAUUUAAAAAUAGCUCACAAUUCCUUUUAUGUGUUUUGUGCUUUAGAUGAGAUGUGCUUUCUCUGAUAGAGAAAACCUGAAAAGGUUGGGUUUUGAUUUUAGUGUUUUAAAAUGUAUUUUUUUAUUUGCGUAUAUUAGUUAUACUGAAGGGGAUGGAUUACAUUGCUACAUUUCCACGCAUGUCUAGAAUAUAUUCUGAUCAUUCACAUUCUUCUCUACUAUGUGUGGGAGAGCUUUUAAAAAAAUGGAUGAAAUUAACUACAACCCACAAGAGAAGGUUGAAAACAAAGUUGUAUUUGUAACCAGAGUUCUAGAGUAGAGGACCAGGUUUCAGGGAGAGGGUAUCUUAAAAUACUGUUUUGUAAUCACAGAUAGUGGAGAAAUAAUGGUAGAAAGGAUUUUAGUCAACAUGGCAAAUUGGGAAGAUGGACAUCAAACAUUUGGGCCCACCUUCUGGAUACUAACAUACACUAGAUUGAAAUAGAGAAAAUAUUGGGGCAGAUGGCAAGAGAAUGUGGAACAUGUUCAAGCAUUGAAUAAGUGGCUGAAGGAGGGAAGAAAAAAGUGCCACUGCCUAUCAGAAAAGAAAAAACAAAACAUGGGAAAUACAACCACCAAAUUCCGUAAAGCACUCAUCAAUGGUGAUGAAAACCUGGCUUGCCAAAUAUAUGAAAAUAAUCCUCAGUUAAAAGAAUCUCUUGAUCCAAAUACAUCUUAUGGGGAACCUUACCAGCACAAUACUCCAUUACACUAUGCUGCUCGACAUGGAAUGAAUAGAAUAUUAGGGACUUUUCUUUUUGGUAGAGAUGGAAAUCCUAAUAAACGAAAUGUGCAUAAUGAAACAUCUAUGCAUUUGUUGUGUAUGGGACCUCAAAUUAUGAUAUCUGAAGGAGCCCUUCAUCCUCGCUUAGUACGGCCUGUGGAAGAUGAUUUUAGAAGAGCAGAUUGUCUGCAGAUGAUCUUAAAAUGGAAAGGAGCAAAACUUGACCAAGGAGAAUAUGAACGAGCAGCUAUUGAUGCUGUUGAUAACAAAAAAAACACACCCCUUCACUAUGCUGCUGCCUCAGGGAUGAAAGCCUGUGUAGAGCUUUUAGUAAAACAUGGAGGAGACUUGUUUGCUGAGAAUGAAAAUAAAGAUACUCCUUGUGAUUGUGCGGAGAAGCAACACCACAAAGAUCUGGCCCUCAAUCUGGAAUCUCAGAUGGUAUUUUCACGGGACCCUGAUGCUGAAGAAAUAGAAGCUGAAUAUGCUGCAUUAGACAAACGAGAGCCGUAUGAAGGACUAAGACCGCAAGAUCUUCGUAGAUUGAAAGAUAUGCUUAUUGUGGAAACAGCAGACAUGCUUCAGGCUCCUCUCUUUACUGCUGAAGCUUUACUUCGAGCUCAUGACUGGGACAGGGAAAAAUUACUUGAAGCUUGGAUGUCCAACCCAGAAAACUGCUGCCAACGAUCAGGAGUUCAAAUGCCAACUCCACCACCAAGUGGGUAUAAUGCUUGGGAUACACUUCCUUCUCCAAGAACUCCAAGGACUACACGCUCUUCUGUCACCUCUCCAGAUGAAGUCAGUUUAUCUCCAGGGGAUUUAGAUACCAGCUUGUGUGACAUUUGUAUGUGCAGUAUUUCUGUAUUUGAAGAUCCAGUGGACAUGCCUUGUGGACAUGACUUUUGUAGAGGAUGUUGGGAGUCAUUUUUGAAUCUGAAAAUUCAAGAAGGUGAAGCUCACAACAUUUUCUGCCCUGCAUAUGAUUGCUUUCAACUUGUGCCUGUGGAUAUCAUAGAAAGUGUAGUUUCUAAGGAGAUGGACAAACGAUACCUACAGUUUGAUAUUAAGGCCUUUGUUGAAAAUAAUCCUGCCAUUAAAUGGUGUCCUACUGCGGGGUGUGAAAGAGCAGUCAGAUUAACAAAACAAGGGUCCAACACAUCUGGAUCUGAUACACUCAGCUUCCCAUUGCUGAGAGCCCCUGCUGUGGACUGUGGAAAAGGACAUCUCUUCUGCUGGGAGUGCCUUGGUGAAGCACAUGAGCCUUGUGAUUGUGAAACAUGGAAAAAUUGGCUACAAAAAAUAACUGAAAUGAAACCAGAAGAACUUGUAGGAGUUAGUGAAGCAUAUGAAGAUGCUGCCAAUUGUCUCUGGUUGUUAACUAACUCCAAGCCUUGUGCUAAUUGUAAGUCCCCAAUACAGAAGAAUGAAGGUUGCAAUCACAUGCAGUGCGCCAAGUGCAAGUAUGACUUCUGCUGGAUUUGCCUAGAAGAGUGGAAAAAACAUAGCUCCUCCACUGGAGGUUAUUACCGAUGUACUCGCUAUGAAGUCAUUCAGCAUGUGGAGGAGCAAUCCAAGGAAAUGACUGUGGAGGCUGAGAAAAAACACAAACGAUUUCAGGAACUUGACAGAUUUAUGCACUAUUAUACAAGAUUUAAAAACCAUGAGCAUAGUUAUCAGUUAGAACAACGCCUUCUAAAAACAGCCAAAGAAAAGAUGGAACAAUUGAGUAGAGCUCUCAAAGAAACUGAAGGAGGCUGCCCAGAUACUACUUUCAUCGAAGAUGCAGUUCAUGUGCUCUUAAAAACUCGACGUAUUCUCAAGUGUUCUUAUCCAUAUGGAUUUUUCCUAGAGCCUAAAAGCACAAAGAAAGAAAUUUUUGAACUAAUGCAAACAGACCUAGAAAUGGUCACUGAAGACCUUGCCCAAAAAGUCAAUAGGCCUUACCUUCGCACACCCCGCCACAAGAUCAUCAAAGCAGCAUGCCUUGUACAGCAGAAAAGGCAAGAAUUCCUGGCAUCCGUAGCUCGAGGAGUUGCUCCUGCAGACUCUCCAGAAGCUCCAAGGCGCAGCUUUGCUGGUGGAACAUGGGAUUGGGAAUAUUUAGGAUUUGCAUCACCUGAGGAAUAUGCUGAAUUUCAGUACCGGAGGAGGCACAGGCAGCAGCGCCGUCGAGGAGAUGUGCACAGUCUGCUCAGUAACCCUCCAGAGGCUGAUGAGCCAAGUGAAAGCACUUUAGCAGAUAUUCCAGAGGGCGGCAGUGGCCGCAGGCCGGGCGCCUCGGUGGUAAGUUCUGCAUCUAUGAGUGUGCUACACAGCUCCUCUCUGCGUGACUACACCCCUGCCAGUCGCUCUGAAAACCAGGAUUCUCUUCAGGCUCUGAGUUCCUUAGAUGAAGAUGAUCCCAAUAUACUUCUUGCAAUUCAGUUGUCACUGCAAGAGUCUGGGCUAGCCAUUGAUGAAGAAACUAGAGACUUCCUCGGUAAUGAAGCAUCCCUGGGAGCAAUAGGCACUUCUUUACCUUCCAGGCUAGACUCUGUCUCCAGGAAUACAGAUAGCCCACGGGCUGCAUUGAGUAGUUCCGAGCUGUUGGAAUUUGGUGACAGCCUUAUGAGACUUGGAGCAGAAAGUGACCCGUUUUCAACUGAUACCUUGAGUUCACACCCUCUCAGUGAAACAAGAAGUGAUUUCUGUCCCUCAUCGAGUGACCCUGACUCAGCCGGCCAGGACUCCAAUAUAAAUGACAAUCUCCUUGGCAAUAUCAUGGCGUGGUUCCAUGACAUGAACCCUCAGAGCAUUGCCCUGAUUCCUCCAGCAACUACAGAAAUCAGUUCAGAGUCUCAACAUCCCAGAGACAAAGAUGAGUCAGAAGGUAUGAGGGACAUGGAACUGGUGCCACCAGAAGAUACAGUGUUUGAAGAUGCUGCUGUCAGUGAAAGUAGAGGAAUCCAGAGAGAAGAGAAUCCUUUGGAAGAGAAUAUUCUGGCUGGGGAAACAUUAGCUCAAGCUGCUGAGAGUCAUACUGAAGCAGCCAACAAAGGGAAUGGUUCAGAUGCUUCAAGUCAAACACCUCAAACUUCAAGUGACUGGCUUGACCAAGUACAUUUAGUCUGAAGUGCACACAUUUGGGCUCCUAAUGAAUGGCAGGUACAGAUGGUAUGCUAGGUGGAGUAUGCUUUAUAGAGAUUUUGAUCCACUUAAUUCCAAUCUAAUUAUACAUCACUGUUAGGAUUGAAUACAAAAGAGUCCCCUUAAAGGUAGCUUCAUCAUCCAUAUAACCUCACAAGGAGUUUCUUUUGUACAUAAUUGGUUAGUUUUUCCCCUUUUUGCUGACAAAAAAAAAGAGCAAGAGAAAUACAAAUAAACAGGUUGUUUUCACAUUCUAAGAAAAUUCAGUGCUGUUUAGCCUAGAGCUGGUAAUAUUUAAAUUGAACACUUAAAUUGAAGUCAUACUCCCCAGUCUUUUUGUGGCUUUUUUUU